CUGCAAUUUUAGGUGGGUCCCACCAAGAUGUUAGUGAUAAAUCCAUGCCGUCCAUAAAUUUUUAAAAAUAAUUUUAUGAUAUGAACCCAAAAUUGAGGUAGAUCAAAAUCUCAAGUGGGCCACACAGUGUUGAUUGAACUCUCACCAUUAAAAACUUCCUGGGGCUAUCAAAAUUUUGAAUCAAGCUGAUAUUUGUUGUUUGCCAUCAUCCAGGUCUGUAUGACCUAAUCUACUAGUUGGAUGUCAAAUAAAUAUCACGGUGGGCCCUAAAAAAUAUUUAACGGUGAGAAUCAUUAUCACCGCUACUUCAUGUGGUGUGGUCCACUUGAGAUUUGGAUCUGUCUCAGUUUUGGGAUAAUGCCCUGAAAUGAUAAGGAAAAAUGGAUGGACGGUGUGGAUAAAACCCAUACAUCAUGUGACCACUCAAAGCUCUUGCCGAUUCCUAGAUGGAGACGGGCAGCGGUAGGAUGCAAAAUCGGAUUGCUACUGAGUAAACUCAGUCGGGCCCACCCUGAAUCUAUGUGGUCUAUCCACCUCGAUCAGUUUUUCCAUCUAAUUUAAGGGUUGGUGCCCAACAUUGAAGCAUAUCCAAAGAUAAAGCGGAUCAUACCACUGGAAAUAAUGGGGAUAAUGAUUUCCACCGUUGAAACCAUUCUAGGCCCAACAGUGAUGUUUAUUUGUCAUCCAAUCUGUUCGUAAGAUUAUACAAUCAUGGAUGAAGAGAAAAAACAAAUCUAAGCUUGAUCCAAAACUUCUGUGCCCCGUAAAAAUUUUUCAGCAGUGACGUUCGAUUCAACUGUUUCCUCGUAUUUUGGCUCAAGAAAAAUGACUCGGGUAGGCAGCGUCGGUGGUAUGUUGAUGCAAAGUUCUAUGGUCCCACCAAGAUGUAUGAGUUAUAUCAAUAUUGUUCAUUCAUUUCCUGUGAUUAUUUUAUGGUAUGAGCCCAAAAAUGAUGUAGAUCUAUAAAGCUCAAGCGGAACACACCGUAUGAAGCAGUGAAGAUAAACACCCACCGUUGAUUAUUUCCUAGGGGCCAUAGUGAUGUUUAUUUACCAUCUAACCUGUUCAUAAGGUUAGAUGGACUCAGAUAAAGGGAAAACACAAACAUCAGAUUGAUCCAAAACUUCUACAGCCCUCAAGAAGUUUUGGAUGAUAGGCAUUCAAUCCCCACUGUGUGGCCUACUUAAAAUUUGGAUCUACCUCAUAUUUCUUUGGUUCAUGCCUAAAAUGAGUUAUAAAAAUGGAUGGAAGGCAUGGAUAAAACAUUACAUCACAGUGGGCCCACAGCUUUGGCACGCAGGGGCAGCAGGCAAUCGUCCAACCUCUCUCGUACUACUCGUGUGCGAAGGAGUGCAUAGAAAACGACUCCAUUUCCUUUCCUUUCUACAUUCUCCAACUGAUCUCUUACUGGUCUUCCAAAUUCCAAUCGUCCUCAAAAAAAUAAAAGGAAAUAAAGAAUAAAAAGAGGAAGAAGAAGGAAGAAGCAAAUCAUGGAGAGACGCUGAUCGUGUUGUUUCAUUAUUUGUAUUUAUUAGGAGAGAUGGGAAGUGAGACCGGAGUAUAGCAAUGGCUGAUGCUAAUCUUUCCUAAUUUCUCGUUCAAAAAAUGAGCAAGCAGCUCGUCGAUGAUGUGAAGUUCUUCUUGAAAUCGAUCUGUCAUAUACAGGAGAGAUGGGAAGUGAGACCGGAGUACAGCAAUGGCUGAUGAUAUUCUUUCCUUUCUCGUUCAAAAAAUGAGCAAGCAGCUUGUCGAUGAUGUGGAGUUUUUCUUGAAAUCGAUCUGUCAUAUAUAGUAAUCGUAGUGCAGAAUAGAGGAAGGACUGAAGAAAGAAGAAAGCAAGGAGAGGUUAAAGUAAGAGGUGGAGGAAUUGGGGUUCUCUCCAUCCAAAAUUCAAAAGCAGGAGAAGUUUUCAUUGAUUCAGUGGGAAGUGAAACGAGAGUGUAGAAAUGGCUGAGGCUGUUAUUUCCUUUUUCGUUCAAAAAUUGGGUGAGCAACUAGUCAAUGAAGUGGAGCUCCUCUCUGGAUUUCAUGAUGAUGUUGUGUGGAUCAAGAAUGAGCUCCAAACCAUGAGAGCUUUCUUAAAGGAUGCUGAUCGAAGAAAGGAGAGGGAGGAACUUGUGGAGGCUUGGAUUACCCAAGUAAGGUACUUAGUCUACAAUGCUGAAGAUUCAGUCGAUGAGUUCAUGAUUCGAAUGGAGUCGCAACGCCGUCUUUGAAAUGGACACAUGGGUUGCAUUGUCUUUCAUGCCUGUUUCAUCAAGCAGUUGAUAUUUCGACACCGGUUCAGUACUCAAAUUCGAAAGAUUAGAAAGGAGGUGAAGGCGAUACAAGAAAGAGGCGAACGGUUUGGGUUUCACUCUGCAUUUCAGGAAGGGAGAAGUUCAAUUGCUACAGAUGACGGACAUCGAGAUCCUGGAGUUGCUGCUUCUUGGGUUGAAGAAGCAGACAUCGUGGGGCUCAAGAAUGACACCAUGAAACUCGAGAAAUUGUUGCUGGAAAAAGAGGAGACACAACAGCGUACUGUCAUCUUGAUUGUGGGGAUGGGCGGUUCGGGAAAGACGACUCUUGCAAAGAAAAUCUACAAAACAGCAAAGACAAGUUUUGAUUGCCAUGCAUGGAUUUAUGUGUCUCAAUCAUUCCAAAAGAAGGUUAUCUUGAAGCGCAUGCUUGAAGGAUUUUAUGAUAGUAGGAAGGAAGCGGCUCCAAAUCAUGGGGAGACAAUGGAUGAGACAAACAUAGCAAAGAUGAUCAACGACUACUUGCAAGGAAAAAGGUACGCUCUGUUCCUUGAUGAUAUAUGGGAUACUAGUGUUUGGGAAGAUGUGAAACAUGCUUUGCCUCAUGAGGGUGGAAGCAAGAUCUUCUUCACCACUCGCAAUGAAGAUACAGCCCAUCCUGUCCAUGAGAAGUGCCAUACACACAAAGUGAAGCCAUUAUCUCAUGAAUUGGCUUGGGAACUCUUCGAAAAAAAGGUAUUUCUGAACCAAGAAACUCAAGGAACUUGUCCGCCACACUUAGUCGAAGUGGGAAAUGCCAUGGUCAAAAGAUGCAAAGGGUUACCACUCGCCAUUGUGGCAAUUGGUGGCCUCAUGUCAAAGAAGAGCUCUGAUCUAGCUGAAUGGAAUGAUGUACUUGAAAAUCUUGAUUCGGAACUGAAAGAUAAUGAAGAUCUUGCAGGAUUAAAUUGAGCCCUAUUAAUGAGUUACAACUAUUUACCUUUUCACCUCAAAUAUUGUUUCUUGUAUUGUGGUCUAUUUCCCGAGGAUUAUGAGAUUAAGAGAAAGAAGCUGAUUCGCAUGUGGGUGGCCGAGGGCUUCAUUGAGGAACAUCGACGGAAGACACCUGAAGAAGUUUCAAGUAAUUACUUUGCUUAGCUCAUUGAUAGGAACCUGCUCCAACCUGUCAUUCAUGAGGGUACUGGGGAAUUGAAAGCAUGUCAAGUGCAUGACCUCAUGCGUGACAUUGCUAUUCACAUGUUUAAGAAGGAAGAAUUCGCAGCAAUCCUAACAAAUCGAAGAAAUAAUUUUGAAGAAGCACAACGUCGGUUGGCCAUCCAAAACACUGCAAUUGAUAUUCCAGGAAGCAUGCCUGAAUUGAAUCCUCGGUCACUUCUUCUAUUUAACGACCAGGAAUUUCCCUCUUCCUCUUUCUGUAGAAUGUUUUCAAAAUUCAAAUUAUUGAGGAUAUUAGAUCUAGAAGGCACUAAAAUAAAGAUUUUGCCGAAUGAAGUUGGAGGGUUGAUUCACUUACGGUAUUU